GUAAGGUUUAGUUCUGUCCGGCCAAAGUGGCUGAAACUUAUUUGACAGACAGUGGAUAUUGGAGAGCUGCCCAAAUGUACAGCGCAAAUGCAAAAUAUAUCUCCUAUGGAAACUGGAAACCAGCAGGUCGCGAUGCCAAAGUUUAUGAUAAUAUACUACAAGUUGUCGGCAAUACUCCCUUAGUUAAGCUUAAUCGGAUACCAAAGGACUAUGGACUCGAGUGUGAAAUCUACGCAAAGUGCGAGUUUCUGAAUCCCGGAGGCUCAAUUAAGGAUCGGAUAGCGUACACAUUGGUGCGUGAUGCGGAGCAAUCAGGACGAGCUCAUGAUGGUACACGCUUCGUCGAACCUACUUCAGGGAACACUGGCAUCGGGCUCGCUCUGACCGCGGCAGUCAAAGCAGGUUAUAAAGCAACCAUUGUUACACCGGACAAGAACGCAGGCGAAAAACUAAGUACUUUGAAACUGCUGAAGGCGGAUAUCGUGCAAACCCCUGCCUCAGCCAACCUGGGGGACCCCGACCACUUUUUAACAGUUGCUCAAGGAAUACUUAAACAAGAUCCUAACAGCAUCUGUUUAGAUCAGUUUUCAAACCCCGUGAACCCCAUGACGCACGAAGAGCACACGGGCAGCGAGAUCGUCGCGGCGCUGGGCCACGUGGACAUGGCGGUGAUGGGCGCCGGCACGGGCGGCACCGUCACGGGCAUCGCGCGGGCGCUAAAGCAAGCUUGCCCAGAAUGCGUCAUCGUGGCCGUGGAAGCAGUAGGCUCGAUCAUAUGGGGAAGUGAACUUGCACCGUUCUAUGUAGAAGGCAUUGGAGACGAUUUUAUACCCAAUGUUUUGGAAAAAGAUGUAAUCGAUAAGGUUGUACACACGAACGACUACGACUCCUUUAACAUGGCUAGGGAAAUUAUACGAAAGGAGGGACUACUUUGCGGUGGUAGCAGUGGAGCCGCCAUGUUCGCCGCGCUGCAGGCCGCCAAAGAGUUGAAAUUGGCCGCAGGGAAGAAAGUGGUAGUUGUGUUCCCAGACGGCAUCCGCAACUACAUGACCAAGUUCGUCGCCGACCAGUGGAUGGAGGCGCACCUGUUCAAAGAGCCUCCUUUACAUCCCAACAUUGAAUGGUGGAAUCAUCCCCUUGAUAACCUGCCUGUGGAUAUCUCGGUGCCACACGUGAAGCAUGACGCAACGUGUAGAGAUGCCCUCACUGCGAUGGGUAGUUUGCAUAGUGUUGCGAUCAUUGUUGACGAGAAUGGGUUUUACGAAGGAGCAAUAUCUAAAAACCAACUGCGACACGCGGCCACCAACCCCAAAAAAGAAGAGAAAUUAAAUUUAAACGAACCAGUGAAAAAGCACAUCAUACACAACUGCUUGACAGUGGUGGAAAACAAGGGAUGUUCCACCGUCGGACUUGUGUCCCGAAUUUUAGACAUUACUCCAUUUGUCGUUAUAGUUGAAAAGAUACCAAACCCUGAAAGUAAAAUCAUAGAAAUAUUCAAACCAAAAGGAGUAAUCACCUCUGAAACGGUCUGGCAGUAUAUUAGACAGUAUUUGGAAUGACCUUCCGACGAACAGCUUAUCCCAAGUUAUCCCGUUCCGCAAACCGCUUUUGAAGUUGCCGCGAAUUCGACCUACUCAAUUAGAAAUACAUAUUUAUAUACCAUACCUAAACUUAAU